AUGAUCGGCUGUCGAACUUUUGCUGCGCUGCUGGCUCUGGCUCUCUGGAUAGUGCAGAUCCAGGCCAAGUCGGUUUUCGCGCAUUUCAUGCUGUCUAACACCGCCGGCUUUACCGUGGCAGACUAUCAGCGUGAGAUCGGCCUUGCCCAAGAAGCGCACAUUGAUGGCUUUGCCGUCAACUUCUCCAUGGAUGAGGACACCACCGACGCCAACCUUCCGCUCUUCUUCACUGCUGCUGAAAGUAAGGGCUUCAAGCUUUUCCUAUCGUUUGACUAUGCUGGCAACGGGGCGUGGCCGCAAGGCACUGUCAUAACCAUGAUCAAGAAAUAUGCCGCCUCGUCAGCCUAUUUCCGCCGCGGCUCUCAGCCCCUCGUUUCCACGUUUGAGGGUCCCAAAUCUUCUUCCGACUGGCCCACAAUCAAGAAAGAGACCGGGUGCUUCUUCAUCCCGUCCUGGUCCUCCCUAGGAGCCAAGAAGGCCGUGGCCCUCGGCGUCGCUGAUGGUCUAUUCAGCUGGGCCGCUUGGGCUGAAGGCCCGAACCGUAAGAACACUGAGGUCGAUGCCUCCUACCUUGACUUUAUGAAGGGCAUGCCUUACAUGAUGCCGGUCGCCCCUUGGUUCUACACAAACAUGCCGGGCUUUGACAAGAACUGGCUUUGGAGGGGCGACCACACUUGGUUUGAUCGCUGGGCCCACAUCUGGUACUUGCAACCCGAGUUUGUGCAAAUCAUCUCAUGGAACGAUUAUGGGGAGUCUCAUUACAUCGGUCCUCUGGACGAGAGGCAAUACUCUGCUUUUGCUGCCAACAGAGGCAAUUCGCCUUUCAACUAUGUUCGGGAUAUGCCACAUGACGGAUGGCGUGAUAUGCUGCCUUAUGUCAUCGACACAUACAAGAACAACAUCUCGACGGUGUCUCGUGAGACGUUGACUACUUGGUAUCGGUUGAACCCAGGCUCGGCUUGCUCGAGUGGCGGAACCACAGGAAACACAGCCUCCCAGCAUCAGACGGUGUACUCUCCCGCUGAACUUUCGGAGGACCGCAUCUUCUAUUCAGCCCUGCUGGGCUCCAACGCGGCAGCGACAGUCUCCAUCGGUGGCAAGGCGCAGGCCCAAUGGGCCUGGGACUCCAUUCCCGACGGAGGCGUCGGUAUCUACCACGGCAGUGUGCCUUUCAACGGCGCCACAGGCGAGGUGGUCGUGAGUCUGUCGAGGGGCGGCCUCUCAGUGAAGGGCCCUGCCAUCACAACGGACUGCUCCAAGAACGCUGGCCUCAACAACUGGAACGCCUGGGUCGGCAGUUCCAGAGGCGCAGCGGUCUCUGUGACGCCGCCGCGAUCGCUGGGUGACCAAGUUUGCGUCGCCGGCACGGGAGUGAAGGAUUUCGGGGCUGCUCACGAGAAUUUCGAGGGCAUCUGCUCCUUUGCUUGCAACUAUGGCUACUGUCCUCGCGGACCCUGUACUUGUACCAAGAUGGGCCUCAAGGUGACCGAGCCCAAGUCCCUCAACAUUGAUGCUUGGCCUGCCGCUGGCCCCUCCCCGUGCACAUGCUCCACCAAGGGCCGCAUGGUCCAGCCCCCUGCAAGCAAACCUCUUGGCUACCCGCUGGCGAACCUUGGAUCUGAGUACAUUGGUCUCUGCGCUUUUGCUUGUUCACGAGGAUACUGUCCUCCGUCAGCUUGCACGCAGACUCGGCCUGCUGUCCCAGGAGGCAUCUUUAAGGAGACGCCGCUUGACGAUGACGGCAAGGUGAAGGACAUGGCAGCUUGCAAAGCAGCCAAUUCUGGCCUCCAUAGGAAAGACUGUGGUAUCGCUGGAAACAUCGGCAUCGACCCUUGGAAGAGGUGGGACGCAGUCAUGGCACAAAUGACCCUCGAAGACAUGAUGGCAUGGUGGGAGCUAAUCACCAGAAUUCGCAACAACGGCAACCCCGAUAUCAUCCCCCGGUGGUUGACCAACAUGCCUGUCGCCGUCGGCUGGAUGUGGGGAACCGAUCAUGACCCGAGCCAGGCCACAGAGUUACCAGAGGACUAUUCGUGCGACAAACUCGGCAAGAGUGGUUGCAAUGCCAUCAGCUGCCAGACCCUCACGUACUCGUCCGUAGCUAUGGUCGAGCUCGCCUUUGGAAACCUCAACGCAUUCUACCAAAAGUAUUACGAUGCUGUUGUCGAAGUUGAGAACUCCAUCACGAGCAACGCAAAGGACAUGGCAGCCAAGUUUGUGCGGCCACAGACCGGGAACUGGCUUGGCACGUUGAAAGUUAUCCUGGGUUCUUUCGACACCAUAUUCGCAUUCACAGGUGCUGGAAUUUGGGAGAAGGUUCUGGACACAGAUCAGUUCUCCAAGUGGACGGCUGCCAACGAUAAAGCAACAAGCGCACGCGACAGUGUAGGCAGCGCUAUCAGCGCGUAUGAGUUCAUGGGAGGCAAUGUUUCAGACUCUGAGCAGGGUGCUAUUGAUGCGGCCGACUCGGUUCAGAAGGCAGCCGAGCUGAUGGUGAAGAUGCUGAAAGACAGCAUUGACAACCUCAUGAACUUCUUGUUCAGCGGGGAUCCUGCUGGAUCGGCUGCCAUGAUUGGCCUCCUCAACAAUGGUUUGUUCGUUUUGAAUCCAGCGAAGGAUGUGAGCCAGGGUCAGAUGGGCACCGUCGUCAAGAAGGUAAUCCACGCCAGGCUUGUCACCAAUGCUUGGGCGGCCGAUGAGUCGUGUGCCCCGGUGGUGGCCGUUGGAUCAUUCGAGCCUUUUGACCCGCAGAAGACCACCAAUUUCCUGGGCAGGUGGCGCAAUGACGCGUACUUGAAGUACGACAACAAAGACUUGUGGGUUAUUUGCGUCCCGUCUGUUAAGUCGAUUGGAGGAAAGACGAGGGAGAGCAGCAUAGCAGAGUAUCCAUACGGCUUGCCGGACAUCGGUAAGGCAGACAACGACUGGGAGAUUACCUGGCAGGAGCUUGCGCGGUCUGCUUAUGACGGAUGGAAAGAAAACGGCGAGAAGCUGCCCUUCGGUUUGCGCAAGUCGGCAGACACGGCUACUGGAGGUCCUGACAGUCCGACUUUCCUUCCCCUUCAACAGGGCAUCUCGACUCCGGGUUUCUGGCAAGUCCCUGUAUGUUCUACGAAGCUCGUCCAGGACAACGUGACAUGGCGGGGACAGAAGGGCAGCCGGAAGUGCACUGAUAUAUACCCCUGUUGUCAGGUUGUUUGCACAGACCACAAGACUGCAACUGGUGGGAUUCAAACAGUGUGUACCUAAUCUGAGAUGGCGCGU